AUGUGUCUUGUGUACCGCAGGAAGGCGCACAUCAUCCCUCAGUCCAUAAGAGAGAAUUCGGGUGCAACUGUAGCUCGUGUUAGUGUUCAAUUUCAAUUUCUGAUACUGAAAACCAUCAGCAUCAACAUAAAGAGAAGACAUUACUGUGAACAUUUCAACAAAACACUUUGCUUUGAAUAUUUAUCGUCAGGGGAGAAUCGGGCUGGAUGGGCAGAUUCAGUGGCUAACACGAUCGAUGAUUCCUUCUUAGUGGUGUAA